CAUUCCUAAUUGCUGAUGGUUGACUCACCCUCACUUCAAAGCCAGGGCGCCAUUCGGCUAUUUAGCCGCUGCACCCCGCCCGCCCGCCCGCCAGUCGCUGGUGGGAGCCGGCCGCGUGCAGCAGGCGCCUCCUCUCAGCCCGUUCUGCGGGCCGUGCCCGCAGCCAUGGCCGUGCAGGUGCCCCUGUGGCACCACUACCUGCAGGCCCUGCGCUCGCGGGCAGCGUCCCGGGCACAGGAGCACCAGCGCGCCGAGGACGUGGUUCUCACCCUGCUGGGGCGGGUGCACGCCCUGGACCCCCGCUUCCUCGUGGACUACUCCCGGGACCUGGAGGCCUUCCAGUUCGCCCUGCGCUCCUCGGAGGGCCCGCUGGACGUGGAGGUGCCCCUGUGGGUGGACGCCGAGGCCCUGGUGAUUGAGGAGGUGGGGGCCGCCGAGGCGGGGGGCGGCCUGGGGUGCUGCCGCCUGGGCCUCCCCCGGGAAGCGGCCGGCCUGGAGUGCUGGAAGGCAGACGACGUCUUCGAGGCCUCCCUGGAGGGCAGCGCCGAGUGCUGUGGCCACAUCGUGCCCGGCAAGGUCCUGCGGGUCCUCAAGGACCGGCUGGUGGCGGCCGUCGUGUACUGCAAGCACCACCACCUCAUCUCACCAGGCUCCCUGAGCGUGGACAGCCUGAGGGAGGAGCAGCUCGGCCUGUCCCUGCGGGUGUCCAGUGGCUGGAGGACACUCUGCUUCAACGUGGUGCCCGUGGUGCGGAAGAGGCUCAGGGUGCCCACCCUGGAGGGGGCCCGGCUGGUGCCGGGGUUCCCUGAGGGUGCCCUGCGAGGGAUCGUCCGCCAGAAGGCGGCCCUGGUGCCGGCCAGCGCGGAGCUCUGGAGGGUCUCCACUGACUACCUGCUCACCAGGCUGCUGGGGGCGCUGGGCUCCCUCCGGGGCCACCGCCUAGACAGCCUCUCCAUCCUCGACCGUGUCAACCAUGAGAGCUGGCGGGACGGCGGCCGGAGCCCCGGCCUGACCUUCGGCCACUUGAAGACGGUGCUGCUGUGGGCUGCCACGCUCUUCCCCGUGCCGGAGGACUGGGCGGAGCUCCAGGGCGCCGUGUACCGCCUGCUGGUGGUGCUGCUCUGCUGCCUGGCCACCAGGAACCUGCCGCACUUCCUGCACCCCGAGCGGAACCUGCUGCAGGACGCGGGCCUGGACCUGGGCGCCCUCUACCAGCGUGUCGAGCGCUUCGCCAGCCAGCCCGAGGCCGCCCUGCGCAUCCACGCCACCCACCUGGGCCGCAGCCCCCCGCCACGCGUGGGCAGCGGGCUCCGGGCGCUCCUGCAGCUGCCCGCCAGCGAGCCCGCCUACUGGGCCACUGCCUACUUCGACGUCCUGCUGGACAAGUUCCAGGCCUUCAACAUCCAGGACGAGCAGCGGGUCUCGGCCAUGCAGAGCGUCUUCCUGAAGACCAAGACUCUGGGUGCUGAGGAUGGCUGAGCUGGGCACCGGCUCACUGCCCUCUGCUGGGCUGCACCACCCACGGAGGCUCUGGGAACGUUUGGAGGAGGGAACGGGCUUCACCUGGAGUGGAUUUGGGGGUGGAGGGCCUUUGUCCCCAGGGCCCACCUGCGCCUGUCCAGGGUCAGCCCCGAGGGGUCUGAGUGUGCUGGACAGUGGGUCUCGGAGGCCCCGGGGUGAAGGUGCUGUGCGCUCUGGGUGACGUCAUCAAGACCGAGAGCUGGGAGGCCUCGGGGGGCCAGGAGCUUAUCCGCACCUGCGUCGUGUGCUGCUCCAGGUGGCGGGGCCUCUGAUGUGUCCAGUGGGGCUGGGACCGCCUGCUUUCUGGACACAUAAAGUGGAGAAGCUGUGUUCA